GUCAUUCUCCGCGGCGCGGCGGCCAGUGCGGACUGCGGUUCCCGCCCGGCGCGCGGGUGCUGUGACUGCUCCUCCGGGGCGGACUGGUGACUCUGCAGCGCUCUGGAGCCUCUCGUGCGGGGACUCCGUGGUGUCGCAUUCCCUCAGAGAGGGAGACACGCACCCGGAGCUCUGAGCUCAGCUCUCAAGGGCUGGCGGCCACGACGGCGUUUGCUCGGGUCCCCGGUGCAGUCCGAGUCUCUGCGGCCGCCCGGUGCGCCCGGGAGAGCGCACCUCCCCCGGCACGGCGGAACCGAGGCGACGAGGAUCAGGCAGGUCCUGCGCCCGCUACCACUGCCCACCGCGGGCCAGCCCGGCUGCGAGCGGCGGAGUUGCUGCGCUUUUUAGCGCUCUGAAGCCCCAGAAGACCUCUGCGAACCAAACACACUGAGUUCUUCUCUGAUUUCCACAGUGGAGCACAACUUCAAAGCUGGGAGUUGGCCAAGAAGGAAGAGAGAAUCUCAGCAUCCUAACACGGGAAGGAAACCCUCCUCUGGACAAGCAUUUCUCCAAGGAGGAUGAAGCCUUCUAGACCCAUGUGAUCUCCUGUGAAGAACUGACCCCACCUGCUGCUCACCCCAGCUCCCACCAUGGGCCCUGCAGGAAGCAUACUGAGCAGUGGGCAGAUGCAGAUGCAGAUGGUCCUGUGGGGAAGUCUGGCUGCUGUGGCCACGUUCUUCCUCAUCACCUUCCUCAUCCUUCUGUGCUCCAGUUGCGACAGAGAGAAGAAGCCACGGCAGCAUAGUGGGGACCAUGAGAACCUGAUGAAUGUGCCUUCCGACAAGGACAUGUUCAGCCAUUCGGCAACCAGCCUGACGACAGAUGCACUGGCUAGCAGCGAACAGAACGGGGUGCUCACUAAUGGCGACAUUCUUUCAGAAGACAGCACGAUGACCUGCAUGCAGCAUUAUGAGGAAGUCCAGACCUCGGCUUCAGAUCUACUGGACUCCCAGGACAGCACAGGAAAGGCCAAGUGCCACCAGAGCCGGGAGCUGCCCAGGAUCCCGCCUGAGAACGCCGUGGAUGAGAUUCUCACAGCCAGGGCUGCAGACACGGAACUGGGGCCCGGAGUGGAGGGGCCCUACGAGGUGCUCAAGGAUAGCUCCUCCCAGGAGAACAUGGUGGAGGACUGCCUGUAUGAAACAGUGAAGGAGAUCAAGGAAGUGGCAGACAAAGGCCAGGGUGGCAAGUCUAAGUCUACUUCUGCCUUGAAGGAGCUUCAGGGGGCUCCCAUGGAGGGCAAGGCCGACUUGGCUGAAUAUGCCUCUGUGGACAGAAACAAAAAGUGCCGCCACAGCACGAACGCAGAGAGCAUUCUGGGAACUUGCAGUGACCUGGACGAGGAAAGCCCACCUCCUGUCCCGGUUAAGCUUCUGGAUGAGAAUGCCAACCUUCCCCAGGAGGGAGAAGGACAGGCAGAGGAGCAAGCUGCAGAAGGGACCGGUGGACACAGCAAGAGAUUUAGUUCCUUGUCAUACAAGUCUCGGGAAGAAGACCCGACUCUUACAGAAGAGGAGAUCUCAGCAAUGUAUUCGUCGGUGAAUAAGCCUGGCCAGUCGGCACACAAACCUGGACCAUGUAUGAAAGGGCCAGAAUCUGCCUGCCACUCCAUGAAGGGCCUCCCUCAGAGGUCGUCAUCUUCCUGUAAUGACCUCUAUGCCACUGUGAAAGACUUUGAGAAAACUCCCAACAGCAUCAGCACACUGCCCCCAGCAAGGAGGCCCAGUGAGGAGCCAGAGCCUGACUAUGAAGCCAUACAGACUCUAAACAGAGAGGAUGAGAAGGUCCCUCUGGAGACCAAUGGCCACCAUGUCCCCAAGGAGAAUGACUACGAGAGCAUUGGGGACUUGCAGCAAUGUAGAGAUGUCACCAGGCUCUAGCAACUCAAAGAGGCUGUGAUCAACAGCUCUGCUGUGGAGAGGAGGUGACUGCAGUUUCUCGCUGCUUUGGUUACUGAAAUCUUCAAGUGCAGGCUCACAGCUGUCACCCAGUUUCCAAAACAGUAAGGUACGGACCUGCCUGCCAGGGCAGCCACCCUCCAGUGCUCCCAAGAACCCCCUGGUACCCCUUACCUCCACAUUCCACAGAGGAAGGCCAGCUGUGGGUGCUGGAGGGGAAGCCCCACCCACCAAUGCCAAAAUCCCAUCUGCCUGCUGAAGAAGAGCCAGGUUUCCGUCCUCGUUCUCUUUUCUUCUGCUCCUCAUGCUAAAACACUGGCACUUCACCCCUGGAGACCUCCCAUGUGUGUUUCAUCCCACGGACGGUCUCCCACUGGCUUGCACUGGCCUUCAGCUAAAUGUUAGCAUGGAAAGAAACUGGUUGCUGUUAACCCACCCUCUUCCCAAACCUGCCUCUUAGUCCCUGGGAAGGAACCUGGAUGUGCAGGCUGGGAGGUAUGGGGUGGGCUGUCCCUGGAGUCUCUGGGGUUCUUGCUCCUCGUUGGACACUGCAUCUGCAGGCUUCAGAGGUACAUGAGGUCAGUUGAGAUAUGUUUUAAUGUUCUAUGUUGAAAACCUUCCCGACAGUGUUUGCAUUUUCAUAAUUACUGUGGUACUUCUGUAGCUCUUCACACCCAGUGCUCUUCCUUCCAAACAGAGCCUUAAUGUUUCUGUGAGGAUGGCAGCCAUGGUGUCUAUCCCCAAAGGGCUGCGGACAUAAAUGUGUUUCCAGUGGUCUUUGCUGCCCACAUGUGACUUUCCUAUAAUCUGACGGUAAUCUGAGUAAAAUGUAAACAUUUAUUUUAUUAUAUAAAUUUAUAAGAUGUUUUAUGUUUAAUGCCUAAUUUCUAGAAAGUGCCAGAAAAUAUAUAUUAACUAUUUGGAUUUUAUGUACAGUGAUUUGUACUCUCAUUUUACAAACGAUACCAUAAAGCACAUAAGCUAGAUAAUUAUAAGCAGUUUUUAUUCUUUUCUCUAAUCAGUAAUAUAACAUUGAAGAUUUGUUAAGGCUCAACUCCUCAGACAGUACUGGGAGUUCUAGAUCCAAAACACUGAGGCAUUGGUGGCAAAAUGCAAUGGACAUAAAUGUGUCACUGCUGAGACACUCGGUGUUAUAAAUAGAACAAAAUCUGACUUGGGAAUCCUGAAAGUACCAGACUUUCACUGAUGUCUAGUGAACCCUCUAAGGACACCAGUGGCGGUGCCUGCCCCCGCUCAGUCUCUGCUGAUGCAAAUCGCCCGGUUGUUCAUCGAUUCACAAGAGUCAGUGGCUGCAGCAGCUCACAUUGAAAGUUCAAUCACCUCUCUAGAUCUUCCCAGGCCAGCAUUGGAAACUGUGUUCACUUUUCAUUUUAAAAGGAGCCUAGCUGAAGUGCAGGACACAGAUAAAGAGACAGCCUUUUCUUUCCUACUGCCGUGUGGCAUCUUAUUCUAAUGACUUAAGAAUCGUGCUAUUUUCCUUCCCUGUGACAAAGAGUGUGCGUGGGAAGGUGACGUGACCAGCUCUGUGGCCUGUCUUUCCAUCCUUGUACUCACUGACUGGCUGUGGAUCGUGCCUGUGGAGCUGCAAACUCUCUUGGAUGUUGUUGGCAUUAGCCUAAUCCUCCAUGAAGAUGGUGGGUGCAUGGAUAAGCAUAGCCUCUGCAGGCCUCGCCGCAGCGGUGGGAUACCCCAGGGACCUGGGAGCAGUAAUGGGCAAGGCUGUUUGCAACCACUGAUUUUCACUGCUGUGUAUUAAUGAGUUUGGCCCAACCAUCUCUCAGGCCACAAGGGUCCCCUCAUCACCUGCCACUCCCCAUGCCACAGGGUGCUCCUGGACAUGUGCUUGCCACCAUGCAAUUCCUUAUAGGCAUCGUAUAGCUCAGGAGUUUGAUUAUGUCUUAUAAAAAGUCUUAGCGGGAAAGCUGGUAUGAUCUCUAAAGUAUAAAACUCUUUUUUUCUAUGAAUGCAUGCUUUAUUAUUCACGUACCAUCCAGAGACAUCAAACCCAUCAGCCCCCUGCUCCAAGAAGAAAGUUGAAAAACAUUAACAGUAAAGAGCCUUUGCCAGAGAGUCAGAGAUCCUAUGACCCGUCACCUCUGCUUUGGUGCCCAGAAGAGAGCAUGAGACUCUUCAAGGCUCCCAGAGCUUCGGGGAGUCCAGGGUCGUCUUGAGAGGACCCCUUGGGGUUCUGCCCAGUAGUCCCUCUUGAUGCACAGUGGCAGCAGCACAGUUUCCAAUUCUUGUGGGCCUUAGACAACCGCUUGAGCUUCAUCUCACGCCUCUUCUUGAAGAAACAGUACCUGAUGUCUCCUUUGGUCAGUUUGAGUUUGUCAGCCAUGAGUCCCCUCCUUAGUCUUUCUCAAAGUGCUUUUUCACUUCCUGGAACUGCUCAUAGGUGAGCCCAGAGUAUCCAUCGCAGUAGGACCGACCCCAAGUUGUCUCCAUCUCAGCUACUUCUAUCUCCUGUGCAGCUCACUUGAGUUCUGUUCUUCAAGACUCUUUCAUCAGAGAUAAGUUCAUUAUAAAUAAUCAUGGCAUCUUGAAUUCCUGUUGUCCAAAUGUCCCAGAGUUUCCAAACGUGGUGUGUAACACGGUCAUGAAAUGUGCACUGACAUUCCUCUCCUGGUCCGAGAAGCUCGCAGUGGUAAGAGUGAGUGUGACAGGCGAUCUCGCAGGUUCUGUACAAGGAACCUGGAGGCCCUCUCCCUAGCAUAAAUUCCAAAGGAAGAAGCACUAGCUUGUGAGGAUACAGAUUUUAGCCAAGUGAAAGAGCAAAAGCUCACAGCAAAACAAAAGCCUGGACAAUCAAGCCAAAGAUGCCAGCACAGCAGGAAAUGCGUGGUAACCAUGUAACUGCCGCUCGCUCGGCUGAGCAAAGCGAGCCCCUCACCGAGCAAAGCGAGCCCCUCACCGGUUACUCUCUUACUUGGCUAAAAUCCAUGUUCCUGUCUUUGAGCUGGGCGGAGCCUGUAGUUUGGUUUAAAGUCUAAAUGUUACAGAGUUUAAAUGUGUGGGAAACCAUCAUCAAAAGGAGGCUGGACUGUGCACAUAAACACCUGAGUCUACAGCAGGCUGGACUGUACACUUAAACACCACCACAGAGUAUAUAGCGCUGACUAUAGACUCACCAUAGACUAUCUUAUGUGAAAUUUCCAAUAUUCUAAAAGAAAGUCAUUUUUAUAAAUGUGUUGGCUGCAUAUUUUUGACUUGUCCUUAUCUAAAUCACAUCACUAAGUCUGCAAAACUUCUAAAUAAUACCAAUAUUCUUUGUGGGAAAAGGGUUGUUUGGGCCUUUUAUUAUUUUUACAUUGUACCUCUAAAUAUUUAUGUUUUAUUGUUCUUCAGCUUCUUUUAUUUAACUAAAAGAUGUUUGUUUGGAUUUUUACUCUCAGAUGAAAAUUGGAAGCAUAAUUUUGCUUAAAAGGCAGUACUAAAGAUCAUUCCACUUACUAUUCAGAUUUCCCAGUGCAGGCUCCCCCUUGGACUGGCACUGCCAUUCUGUAGGACUGGUUUGGUUUGGUUUGGUUUGGUUUGGUUUGGUUUGGUUUGAUCUAGGACCUGGGCACUGCAGCCCAUGCCUGUCACCCUAUAAUGAGGGAGAGUGAGUGGGAGAGAAGGAAGGUCUUGCGUUCAAGGCUAACCUGGGCUACAAGGCCAGAGCCUAUUCUAAACAAAGUGUUCUGGUUAUCUCAAAUCCCCUUAUAUGUGUUAUAAAGGUUGGUGACUCCCUCCUCAGACUUGUAUAGUAAACUGGCACCUGUCCAAUAUUGCUGUUGUAUUUACAUGCUUUGUGAUUUGUGGGGGAGUUUGAAAUAUAAGCAGAUAAAUCCACUGUUACAAGUAGAGGCUGUAGUUCUCAUUCCAACAAGUUCCCUCAUAAGGAUGGUUGGUUGUAACAUGUCCCUGAGGUUCCCAGCCAGUUUGAAGGUACUCCUCUUAUUCAAGUAGGGUACAAAGUAGUCCAAGACACAAAGCAGUUACUAAUUAUCUCUGCUGAUAUUUGUAACUAUCUGAUCAUCUAGUUCAUGAAAGAGUAAAGAGGUUUUGUUCGAUGUGAAAAUGCUUAAACCUUGGCUUUCUAUGUUCAAAAAUAUUCACAUUAGCCUCGGAAUCUUAUGGUUCUUCCCUGACUCUGAUGCCCUUCAAGAGGCAGAAGGACUAGGGUGUGAAGUCAGUGUUUCCUUCCCCUCCCUUUGCCUGCUCCUGCACAGAUGGCCUGCCCCUUCAUCCAUUUGCCAUGGACCUCAUCCCCAUCAUGAGUGUCUACACAACUGUCACCUCUGUGCCAUAUCUACAGCAUGUCCAGCUACUCUUCAGUACCACUCACCAGCCUAGGUGGGACCACUGACUGCGAGUCUGCAGUGGCCACCGCAGAGUCUCUUGUCUCAAGCUCCAAGAGAAGUCACACACUAACCUGCAAGCCAAGGCUGGUGACUUUGACCAUUCCUAACGCAUGAGUUUUCCAUGUAAACCUGGUCAGUGAACCUGACACGAAGUUCCCCUUUACUCUGUACUGUGUGGCUGGUGCUCUUGUGUUCUCUCUCUCUCUCUCUCUCUCUCUCUCUCUCUCUCU